UUCUAAAUUGGUUAACCGAGUUUGUACGAUUUGAAAAUACUCACUGCGAUAAUAUUGCAUUUUGUUAUUACUUUGUACGAUACGAAUGUACUGAAAAGGACGCUAUAUUAUAAUAAUGGAUCUCGAUCAUAGUAAAAUGUCGAAGAAACCUUAAAACUGCUAUAAUAUUAUUAGAUAUAUUCCGUGAUAUGAUAUAUCGAAUGUUAUUUUGAGGUUAGUAAAGUUUAUAAUCGUCCAGUUUGCGACAAUACGUGUUUUUAUUAAAUAUGCAAAGUUGUAAGAAUUAAUCUACGCUAUCGCGUAUAUUAACGAGGAGAUCGAUCGUUUAAAUUAAUAACGUGAAAUGGAUAAACUAACCAUCAUUUCGGGAGCUCUAUUUUUGGCAGCUGAUAUGUUUGCAAUCGUUAGUCUGGGAAUGCCUGACUGGAUUAUAACUGAUGUUGGCGGAGAUACGCGAUUAGGUCUUAUGUUGUCUUGUAUGACGUUGUACAACAGGCCACGAGUUUGUUAUACGCCUGAUUUGGAGCCAGAAUGGUUACUAGCCCUUGUUUUUAUAUUGGUCGGAUGUAUUUUAAUAACAACAACUGUAAUAUUGCUGAUCAGUUCGCAUUGGGACCGUAAUGUAAUUCCUUACGCACGAUGGGUUGGAUUUACAGCGAUGGUACUAUUUUGCUUAGCGGCUGUUCUAUUUCCAAUGGGUUUUUACAUUGACGAAAUUGGUGGACAACCGUACCAAUUACCAAAUUCACAUCAAGUUGGAAUCUCUUAUAUCCUCUUUGUUCUGGCACUAUGGAUCACAGUUAUUUCUGAACUUUUUGCAGGAAAAGUAUGUUUACCACAUUUUUAGCGUUACGCGAUGAUAUUUUCUAAUUAUGCCCUUUAUACUAGUUUCUUUUUAAUAUUCAGUAUUAUAUAUUUUGAAAGGGAUUACAUUUCAAAGUUCAGCGAGACUUUAUUAGAUUGGGCUAAAAUUUCUUAAAGAAACGACAUCUUUUCAAUCCAUUAUACCUACUGAUUUGCUUUUCUUACGUAUUACGGUUAGUAAGCAAAAAUAAUUGUAAUAUAAAAAGUAAGUAAGUAAAAGUAAGUUAAAAAAUAUCCAAGUUACGCUAAAGAAUUACUUGUCUACUUGUCAGUCCAUUGUAUUGUCCAAAUUAUUAGAGCAAUGUAUGCUUAUAACAAUUUGAGAAUUGCUAUCCAAUACUGCUGAUAUUAAGAUCAGCAGAGAGCCACUUUUAGAUAUUACGUUUCAAAUAGUUUUUACUCGUUAAACAGAAUUUUCCAUGUGCUAUAGAAAUACAUGAUGAAGUAAAAUAUU